AUGUGGAAGAAGGAAAGAAAGAGAAGCCACCAUCAGCCUAAGAUCAAAGUAGCUGAAGGAGUCUCUGGAACUGGACAAUAUGUGGAGCUAAACUCAGGUCCGGACCCUUCAACACCCAAAUCCAUUCAAGUAACUGAAAUCCGGAGCAACUUAAUAUUUGAAGAAAUCAGCCGUCGGGUCAAAGAAGUGGGCAGCCAACUGGUCAAAAAAGUCAAUGCUAUAUUUCAGUUGGAUAUAACUAAAGACGGGAAGACCAUUGUCCAGUGGACGGUUGAUUUGAAGAAUGGAUCUGGAGAAGUCUACUCAGGAUCAGCAAGGAGCCCAGCUGACACUGUGUUUACAAUUCCUGACCAUAUCUUUAUGGAGCUGGUGCUGGGCAAAACCAAUCCUCAAAGGGCUUUCUUUGCUGGCAAGCUGAAAGUGAGUGGCAAAGUGAUGCUGGGGCAGAAGCUGGAAAAGAUUUUCAAAGACUGUGCUAAAUUCUAA